AGUUAUUUCCCUUGGAUAUGUAUAAUGCACAAAUGUACACGCUGAUGUGGUAAAAGAAAAGAACUGUCAUGGCAACAGCUGCAUCGUGGUCAUGUGAACCAUGUUCUCAAAGAAAUAAAAAGACCGAGGCAUCAAAAUGGUGUACCGAUUGUGAAGAAUCGAUGUGCCAAGCAUGUACUGAUUGUCAUUUGUCUAUGAAAGCAACCAAGCGUCAUCACAUUAUAGAGUUACAGGUUGCACGUUCCUGUCAUUCAAAUCCACUGACAGGGAUCCAGUUUUGCGAGAAGCAUGAAGGUCAUCCUUUUGAAUAUUUUUGUAAAGACCACAAUGCAAUAUGUUGUCACGAAUGUAUGUCAACUAAACUGCAUAGAUCCUGUAAGAUACACACCAUUAAAACAUGUUCCAAAAAUGUUAAAACAUCACAACCAUUUAAGGAUGUAGAAACGGAGAUUGACCAUGCUAUCGAAACUCUAACAAGCAUUACAGAAGAUAGGGUAUCUAAUACAGCCUCCAUUAAAGGAGAUGUCGAAGAUGUAAAAAAGUCAAUAAAGAGAUUCAAGUCCAAUAUACUACAGCAUUUAGACACGCUGGAGGUAGCCAUAUUUCAGGAUUUAGAUCGUAUGCAGGAAGAAAUGUCAAUCAAGUUAAAUGAAGAAAAGAACCAAGCAGAAACAGACAAGGAAGUCGUCAGCGUUUAUAAGAAACAAAUUCAAUUUAUAAGCAACCAUGGUUCCGACAAACAAGCAUUCCUUUUCAUGCACAAAUUAAAAAUGGCGUUACAUGACUUGACCAAUCAGCAAAUAGGGAAAAUUGCGCGGAUGAGAUCACUAUCAAUAGAACAUAAGAUUCCAGAGGAACUCUUCUCGUUCUUGUCUCUUGGUUCUGUUGUUCCCAAGAAUAACCUUUGUACCGAAAAAUUCAAGCUUCAUGCAGAAGAUUACAAAUUUUACCAAACUUUUCAUUUGCACAAGAAAAUAGACAUGACUGCUAUUGACAAACAGGCGUUCAUUACGGGUAUGGCGGUGUCAGGUGACAAGCUAUUACUCUGCAACUGUGACUGGAAUCAUCACAUGCCUCAAGUUCUUGUUUUCAAGAAAAGUGGAGAAUAUCUUGCCAACAUAGAAGUUAAAGGUGCACCAUGGGAUAUUGUUGUCCUACCUCGAAGCGAUCAAGCUGUAGUUGUUUUACCCAACACUAACUCCAUUCAGUUCAUUGAUACAAUGAAACAGGUUUCUGGUAAGGAAAUCAAAAUGGCGGGAAGUGAUGAAAAACGUGGAAUAGCUGCAACCGACGACAAAAUAUUUGUGGGUGGGAUGGAUAGAAUUGUUUACAUUUUAGAUCACGAUGGUAAUUUAAUGUCAACAAUAUUUAGCAGAGGUGAGAAAUUUUGCUAUCUCCUGUCAGUCAGUAAUUGUGAUUUAGUGUAUUCCGAUUUUUCCAGUAUUCACCGUAUCAAACUUGAUGGGUCAGAAGUCUACAGUUACAAGUCUCCAAAUCUUAAAAACCCAAAGAAAAUUGCCACAGACCAGCUUGGAAACUUAUAUGUUGCUGGAAAAGACAGCCACAAUAUACAUCGCAUAACACCUGAUGGAACAUUUUUGGACAUUGUAUUGACAGAAGUAAAUGGUAUUCAUCAUCCACGAGCUAUGUACUUUGACAACAGUAGUAACAUGCUGUUCAUCUCAAACCAAAGUGGAAAAGAACUUUUGAUUUUUAAUUGUACUUGAUCAUGAUACUAUCCUUAUUGUUGGUGGGUUGUUUUAACUUUUAAUAUUUACACAUUUUGCACUCCUGCAAAAUACUUUUAUGUUAUGGGAUUUAUUUUGGUUUUAGAGUUCAACUUGGUGAAAUGAGAAAUAUUUAUCAGAAAUAAUAAAAUGAUUGAAUAAUGAA